AUGGCCGACCCAGAACUCGCCACAAAGGCUCCAGAGAGCGAUGCUCAAGAAGACGUCACCAUUCCAGGCGACUCAAAGGUUGAUCAGGGAGCAGCGAGCAUGGGAGAGCACUGCACGACCGAUCGUCCGACUCCUUCCAAUGAACAACCAACCGGCGAGAUUCUCACAUUGAACGACGUCGAAGCCUAUGUUACGAAGCCAGCCGACUAUCCACACGCUUCCUCCAAGCUGCUCCUGCUAUUGACUGGAGGCACGGGUAUUCAUUCGAAGAACAACCAAAUACAAGCCGACAAGUUCGCUGCUGAAGGAUAUGUGGUGGUGAUGCCAGACCAGUUCGCUGGUAAUCCAGCAUCGUCCGUCUCCACGACCCAGACCAACGCCGCCGAGGAGAACCCUAGCAUCAUUGAGCAAGUCAAGUUAGGCGUAGCUGCAGUAGCCAAGUCGUUUACUAUCGACAUGUGGCUCGCAAGACAUACACCGGAAAAGGUGCUCCCAAUCCUCCAAAAGGCCAUUACGGGCAUUCGAGACGAGUACGGAGACGCGGUCGCCAAUGGAGGCGGCAUAUAUGCCGUAGGAUACUGCUUUGGGGCCCGCUAUGUGCUUCUACUCGGUUCAGAGCUUCAUGCAGACGUUGCUGCAGGUCAGCGGUCGCCAGAGACGCAGGCUGAGGAAGGCAUGACGAAGAAAGGUCCUGAGAUCAAGGUUGGUGCUAUUGCCCAUGGUACGCAGGUAUCCGUGUCRGAUCUCGAGAACUGCACCGUGCCUCUUGGAAUUGUGGCUGUAGAACAGGACAGCCUUUUCCCUGAUCACAUCCGCGACAAAGGCGUCGAGAAGUUAAAGGAGAAGGGCAUCGAGACGGAGGUGCAGGUGUAUCCCGGAGUACCGCACGGGUUUGCCGUGUUUGGCGAUUACGCGGAUGAGACGAUCAAGUCUAAGCAACAGCAAGCGUUUCAGCAACUGUUGGAGUGGCUGCAGUCCCACUGA